AAUAAAAAAUUGAGCUACGCCGCUGUUUUUAGGCACGUAGGAAGAGCCCGUAUGUAAACAAGCUCUAUGAUGGCGGCGCCCUUCAGCAGGAUCUUCGGAAAGGUUGGCAGGCAGCUGUCAAAGCCAUGGGCCCCUUGCCAGGCGGCUGGGCGGUCCAUUUCAUCGCGGACGGUGGAGGUGGAGCAGACUGCACCUGCAGGAAGUGGGUUUCCACCCCUCCAGACCUUCUCUGAGGAGGAGACCAUGAUGAGGGAUGCAGUGAAGAAAUAUGCGCAGGAGCGCAUUGCUCCAUUUGUCUCCAAGAUGGAUGAAAAUUCCUCGAUGGAUGAUGAAGUGAUCAGCUCUCUCUUUGAGCAGGGGUUGAUGGGGAUUGAGAUAGGUACUGAAUAUGGAGGCACUGGCUCCACCUUCUUCUCCUCCAUCCUGGUGAUUGAGGAGCUGGCGAAGGUGGACCCGUCUGUGGCCGUGCUGUGCGACAUUCAGAACACACUAAUCAACACACUGAUGUCCAAGCUGGGCACAGAGGAACAGAAGGAGAAGUAUCUGCCCCGCUUAGCUACAGACAUGAUUGGAAGCUUUUGCCUGUCGGAGGCGGGGUCAGGCAGCGACGCCUUCUCUCUGAAGACGAAAGCAGAGAAGCAGAAUGAUUAUUACAUCAUCAACGGCUCCAAGAUGUGGAUCAGCAAUGCAGAGAAUGCAGGAGUGUUCCUGGUCAUGGCUAACGCAGAUACCUCAGCCGGUUACCGGGGAAUCACAUGUUUCCUUGUGGAUCGGGGCACGGAGGGGCUUCAGAUCGGAAAAAAGGAGAAUAAACUGGGCCUGAGAGCGUCCUCCACCUGCACUCUGUCUUUCGACAACGUAAAAGUCCAUGAGAAGAACAUCUUGGGGAAAUUGGGACAGGGUUAUAAAUAUGCCAUCGGGAUGCUGAAUGAGGGCAGAAUCGGCAUUGCAGCACAGAUGCUGGGUCUGGCUCAGGGCUGUUUUGAUCAUGCUGUUCCGUACACCAGACAGAGGGUCCAGUUUGGUAAACGGAUAUUUGACUUUCAGGGAAUGCAGCACCAGAUCGCUAACGUAGCCACUCAGCUGGAGGCGGCACGACUGCUGACCUAUAACGCGGCUCGGCUGAAGGAGGCGGGGCGUCCAUUUAUUAAAGAGGCCUGCAUGGCCAAGUACUACGCAGCAGAGGUUGCUACUGUAACCACGUCUAAAUGCAUCGAGUGGAUGGGGGGAGUGGGCUUCACCAAGGACUACCCCAUCGAGAAAUUCUACAGAGACUGUAAGAUCGGCACCAUCUAUGAAGGCACGUCCAACAUUCAGCUGAGCACCAUCGCCAAGUUUCUCGAUCAGGAGUACGAUUCAUAAACUUGGUGGAUCAUCUUUAUUCAUCUCUAUUCUACACUGAUCGCCUUCCCCUAUCAUCCCCAACCCAGCGGUCAGCGGCCAUUAUCUACUCCUUCAGAAGAGUUCAAACACUACAGUCCACAUCACACUCACCCAGAACUCACCAGAACAGUUCGAGACAGUCAUGAUUUAAUUUGUGUAGAUACAAGUUAAAAUGUCUAUCCAUAAACAAAAUAGUGCAAAUAUGCUGCUAAAAGAAAAAGAAAUCUUUAUUCGGUUCGGUUUAGGUCAUAUUUUUUUUUCUUUCUUAAGAUUGUUAUAAGCAAAUUCUAGAAAUAUGAAACUUUUAUUUAUAGACAUUUUCAAAUCUUUGCACAUCUUUGUUAUACUCAUAGUGUUGCCAGAUAGGUUUGAUUUCUUAAUCAGUAAAAAAAAAACUAAUAAAUACAUUAAAUAAAAAUUAUCUAAUUUAAAUUGCUUUAAAUCUUUGUACCAUUUAGAAGAGAAAUCUAUAAGAUAUAAAUGAGAAAUUUUAGAUUUAUUUACAUUGGGGUAAAUUUGCAUUUCAAUAACAUUGUAGGUCAUUUUUAACAGGAGAUUUAAUUAGACUACUUUAAAUUAAACUACGGUACACUCAGACUACCUGCAGACUGCAGCUCCAGAUCUAAGAUUUACAUCACUGGGCAAACAUUUAAAUUCCAGUUUAAUCCUAGAUUAUAUUAAACUCCAGUUUAAUCAGGUUAAACAGGUAAGAGAACGUACCGUUUAAGCAAAGUCUUGCCCCUGGACUACUGUUGUGGAUUUGCACAGGUGAGGAAUUGAACCAUAUCCACCACAUUAAGGCCACAAUUGUUAUCCACUACCCUUUCUAACAUGCCUGAUCCUAGUCUAAGGUCACUAGUUGGUCAGAUCCAGUGUGUUAGUUCUGGGCUGGUGCUGAAGUCUGCUUGUAGGAGGAAGAUUGGUGGCCUGAGAUCUAAUAUCCGGUGGACCUGUGCCUGUAUGUGCAGGAGCUGGGAACUGCACCCAUUUAUAAAUAAUAUGCUGAUCGUUUUGUCGAGCAUGGUGCCCACCAUCUAAAUACCCAGUGUUCUACCUAGUAUAACCACACUGAAUGUAUUCCAGUGAAAGGAUGUGUUCUCACACUCGCCCAAACCCCUCUACGGAGCUUAAAAUCUGACAUAAGCAUUUUAAUUAGCAUUUUGUAUAUUUGAAAAUUAAAGUACAUGAAUUUUCUUAAUUUGAAAUAUUUAAUGACAAAUCAUAUUUUUUGCACUGUAAGGUGCUUCGGAUUAUAAGGCGAACUCAAUAAACAUCUAUUUUCUGGUCUAUUUUAAUGCAUAAGACGCACCGGAUUUAAAGGCGCAAUAUGCAACACUAGUAAGGAACAAGGGUGUCAAUCCACCUUAAAUGCUAAACUACAUUAAGUAAACAAAACUGUAAUUCUUAAAAAAAACUUUUCUUUUAAAGUGAAACCGGCGCUGGAUAUUAAUCCUCACAGAUUUCUCUCCUGAAAACUGUUUAUUUAGGUGAGUAAAGCACUUCCAUUUAUUUACAGUAAGCUUAGAUUUGCAGAUUUCCCCUAAGGCUAGCCACUGUUAGUGGCUAAUGCCACCCAACAGCGCUACACUGAGGAACCCUGACUGAUAUUAGCUAGUGGUUCAUCCCACAAAGCUUGUUUUAUCACAGUAAAUGCGCAGACUACAGUCGAAAAUACUCACUUCUGAGGUAAGCAGCAGGCUACAGUCCGACAUACCUCUGAACGCCAAACGAGCUAGUGCUUAGUGCGGUUAGUGGGUAAUGCUAAUACUGCGACAGAAGUGCUAACUGGGGUAAGCAGCAGGCUACAGUCUGACAUACUCACCUCUGAAUGGCAAACGAGCUAGCGCUUAGUACGGUUAGCAGGUAAUGCUAAUACUGCUCCAGCAGUUCUAGCCAGGGAUAGCAGCAGGCUACAGGCUGAUAAUACCACCUCUGAACAGCAACAGAGCUAGCGCUUAGCGUGGUUAGCGGCUAAUGCUAAUGCUGCUCCAGCUUUGGUGCUGAAGACCUAAAUUGAAACUCCUGUUUAACGCUGUACUUCAGCAGUGUGGCUUUACUGCUCCUUACAAACUGACUGGUAAAAUUCAUACAUAAGAUACACCGGACUAUAAGGCAAUUUUUGGUCGUUCAAAAUAUGAAUGCUUUUUUUUUUAGGGGUGUUAGAACUUAGAACUAGCCCAUGUGAAUUUUGUAAAUUGUAAAAUCUUAAGUUAUACUGAAAUGUAUUUUUUUUUUUAAAUAAACAUAUCAGGUUUAUUAAAACUUGGAUAAAAUCAUUUCAAAUAUACAAAAUGCAGGUUCAAAAACGCUUAAGCUCCUUAGUUUUUUUAGCUCCACACCCCCACUAUCCUCAUUUAUCUUAGAGAAGAUGGAUCUUUGUUCAUCUAAGAUGAAGCACCAAUCAGAGAGAUGGAAUAUUUCACAAAAAAAAAAAAGAUGAAACUGGAGAUCGUUCUGCACAUUUUGGUGAUCUUCCUGCUCAAUCACCUAAAAACUCAUCAGUUACAGACCACCAUCCAUAUUUUCAGAUAGAUACUCUGGUCCUAAAUGUUCACUUUUGUUAAUUCCUGUCGUUUUAAUUUAGGAGCUUUAUUUGAGUUGUGUGUGUGUGUUUAAGUAGAGCCUGUUGUCCACUGUGUGAGUUGUACUGCAGUUAUACUGUGUGUUUGUUUCAGUAGUAAAACUGGUAACAAGUUAAUAAAAAUCUAGCUAAAAUAAAUUACUAACAAGUCAA